AUGUCCGGCGAGCGAAGCGCAGACGCCGGGGAAGCCGUUCUCCUCCUCGCGCUGCCGCACGUGCGGCUCUUUAACGACCUCGUCUCCUUACAGCGCGUAUCGCGCUCCCUUUACCGCACCAUUCGCGACUCGCCCUGUUUCUGGCUGCGGUUCCACCAUCUCCACGUGGAGCCUUUCCCAAUCAGCCACCGCCACGUGUCCGCUUCCCUCAACGAAACCGCGGUUCCAAGAACCACCGGGGAAAUUCGACCAAUCGCAACGCGCGGUGCUGAUUCUCAGCAACUUGCAGCGCUGCCUCGUUAUAAGCUGGUGGAAGCGGCUCUUAAGGUGUACGCGCGGCGGUCCCAGGGGCAGCUGAGGGAGGUGAUACUGGACGGGGAGGACGUGCGCGGCGAUGUGAUUAUAACGGUGCUGGCAGGCUGCAAGCAGCUUGAGAAGCUUUCAGUGAGGAUGUGCGCGCAUGUAAGCUCGUCCCACAUAGUCACACUCCUACAGUCACAGUGGGGCGCGCUGGCUGCGUGGACAGCAUCAUCAUCAGCAUCAGAGGCAUCGUCAUUGCCAUCAGCAGAACUGGUAUCGCCAGCAGCAGCAGCACCGUCGGCAUCGUCACCCCUGCUUGCAGAUUCCUUACCACAGUCACCUCCACGCAUUCCACCCUCUUCCCUUGAAUCUCCUCAGCCUACUGCUCUUGAAUCUCGUCAGCCUAAUCCCCUUGAAUCGCCUCAAGCCCCCACAGCUGCAGCAUCGGCUUCUACUCCCCGGCUGUGGCAGGUGCACAUGGCAGGGACUGACUGCCCCUCUACAGACUUCCUCUUUAUCCGUGACAUGCUCAAGCAUGCAGCUGCAAGCCUCCCUGCACCCAGACGUCGGGUCCCCGAACCUAGUCCCGCAGCUGCAGGUAGCUUCGGCAGCAGCACCACCAUCAGCACCGGCAGCACGGCCCUCAUUAGCACCUGUUCGCAGAUCCUCACAGAUCCCGUGAUUCAUAAGGCUGGCAUGGCUAAAAGGUCCGGUUAUUCAGGAAAUCCUGGAUGUGACUAUAAUGAAGGGCUGUCUUUUGCGCCUCUGGACGGAGAAUCUGUGAGGGGCUCGGCGUCAGAGGGGCUGGUCCGGGCAGGGGAAGGCAGAAGUUUGGACGCGUUUCCGGGCAGGAGGUUGCAGAUUGUUUCGAUCUGCCCGUCGGUUCUGGACAUUGAUUUCUGCCCACGGUGUGCCAACAUCCGGGCAGUUUUGGACUGCCCUACUAGCGUGCAGUGGCGACAGCAUUUGGAGCGAGUGGCUGAGGAUUCAACCUCCAUUAAAGUGCAAGCGACCGUCCGGUCUCUUCUUAAACAGCAGGCCUGUCGCGGCUGCCUGCGCUGCAUUCCUCGCUGCAUCUUCUGCGGCUCGUGCACCAAGCACACGUGCAUGCCACUCGGUCAAAUCCAAGCAGCCCAGCACCUUGCAGCACAGCAGGGGUCCCUUGGAGGGUCAGAUCCGGGCGGCCAGAUGUUGGAAUCUAGUGACGGCAUGGCUAGAGGGUUAGAAGACCCUGCACUGCAUGGUUCGUCUCUUACUUCAUCUCUCGGGGUUAGUUCUCAUGAGGAUGGGGUGGUCAAUGUUGGCGAGAGGGAGGCGGUGGACUUGGCGCCGAUGGGAUGGGUGAUGUGUGGGUGUACACUUUGUUCCAAGGAGCAGUGCACGUCGCGCAUGCUGACGUGUGUGGGGUGCAACUGGCGGUGUUGCCCGUGGCACAUUGACAAGUAUGCGGAAAUUGCGGUGUCUAGUGCUAGCUUUGUUUGUGAGAUUUGCUCCCACCAGGAUAGAGACCCGGUUUAUGAUUUGUAA